GUGCACUCUUUAUCCUUCUUUUGUAGGAUAUCCGGCACGAAGCCAGUGAUUUCCCAUGUAGAGUGGCCAAGCUUCCUAAAAACAAAAACCGAAACAGGUACAGAGAUGUCAGUCCCUUUGACCAUAGUCGGAUUAAACUCCAUCAAGAAGACAAUGACUACAUCAAUGCUAGUUUGAUAAAAAUGGAAGAAGCCCAAAGAAGUUACAUUCUUACCCAGGGCCCUUUGCCCAAUACCUGCGGUCACUUCUGGGAGAUGGUGUGGGAGCAGAAAAGCAGGGGCGUUGUCAUGCUCAACAGAGUGAUGGAGAAAGGAUCGUUAAAAUGUGCACAGUACUGGCCACAAAAAGAAGAAAAAGAAAUGAUCUUUGAAGACACAAAUUUGAAAUUGACAUUGAUCUCUGAAGAUAUUAAGUCAUAUUACACAGUACGACAGCUAGAAUUGGAAAACCUCACAUCUCAAGAAACUCGAGAGAUCUUACAUUUCCACUAUACCACAUGGCCUGACUUUGGAGUCCCCGAAUCGCCAGCCUCCUUCCUGAACUUUCUUUUCAAAGUCCGCGAGUCGGGGUCCCUCAGCCUGGAGCACGGCCCCAUCGUGGUGCACUGCAGCGCGGGCAUCGGCAGGUCGGGGACCUUCUGUCUGGCUGACACUUGCCUCUUGCUGAUGGACAAGAGGAAAGACCCUUCUUCUGUUGAUAUCAAGAAAGUUCUGUUAGAAAUGCGGAAGUUUCGAAUGGGGCUGAUCCAGACGGCAGACCAGCUGCGUUUCUCCUACCUGGCUGUGAUCGAAGGUGCCAAAUACAUCAUGGGGGACUCUUCGGUACAGGAGCAAUGGAAGGAGCUCUCCCACGAGGACCUGGAGCCCCCUCCUGAGCACGUGCCCCCACCUCCCCGGCCUCCCAAACGAAUCCUGGAGCCGCACAACGGGAAGUGCAAGGAAUUCUUCCCAAACCACCAGUGGGUAAAGGAUGAGCCUGAGGAGGAUAAAGAAGAUGGCCCCAUCAAGGAAGAAACCAGAACCCCCUUAAACGUCCCCUGCAGCGUGGAAAGCAUGAGUCAAGACACUGAAGUCGUCAGAAGGCGGGUCAUGGGGGCAGAUCCUGCCCAGAGGGAGCCACCACCGCUCAAGGAGGAGCAGGACCGGGCGCUGACUCACUGGAAGCCCUUCCUGGUCAACAUGUGCAUGGCCACGGUCCUCACGGCCGGCGCGUACCUCUGCUACAGGUUCCUGUUCAACAGCAACACAUAAUCUGACCCACCUCCACCCACUGUCCGCCUCUGCCCGCAGAGCCCGCACCCAGCUAGCAGGCAGCCGAGGUAGGUCAGGGCCGCCGGACAGCGUAGCCAGCCGUGCCCCAACGGACGUUUGUUCUGCACUAAGGCUCCCCUCCCCGGGCUGUGGGUCUUACCUCCGUCCUUUUACUUUUCUGCCCUCCCCUUCCUUCGAGUACCGGGUCCACGUCCCAUUUUUUGAGGAGGACACAGGAGAGCGCCAUGCUGGGGGCUCCGAGGAAGGCAGCCUGAGCCAGCAGAGGGGCGAGCCUCCAGCGAUGGCCCCUGGGCUCGUCCCCCGCGGCUGGCAGCCAACGCCCCCCUCAGCCCUGCACGGAGAUGCGUGCAGUCAGCCUCUCCACUCCAUAUUUAUUUUUUAAGUUUUUUCCCCCAAAGGUGUCCAUAGUGCACUAGCAGUUUCUUAAACCAAUAUGUAUUAAAGUUUUUUGAUGUCAGCCUUGCAUUAAGGGCUUUAUCAAGAAGUACAAUAAUAAACCCUCAGGUAGCGCUGAGAACGUAGGAUUCUGCCUGCGAGCCGCCGCGUCAGACCAGUACUAGGAAGGAGGACGGUUUUAAGCAGUCGCUAUCAUGACAUUGGGGGUAACAUGGGAAGAGGUUUGCAUAUGUUUAUAGAACAAUGGGCUAAUAUAUAAUGAACACUUGGAUAUUUAAGACACAUGGCGUGAGAUUACUUUGUCCCGGUUACUCCCCCCCGGUUAUCUGCUAGAACCUUGGUCUCAGUCACCGCUCUCCCUGUGUGUUUUAGGAUGCAUGUAUGGUCUUUUUGUGUCCCGACCAAAUACCAUGUGCUUGAAAUACUUAGAUCUCUGCUUACUAAUGUGCCCCGUGUCCAAGUCCAGUUACCUUUGCAUGAUCUGAUCAUUACGUGGCUGUGGUUCCUAAGACCGUUGCUGAAAUAAUCGCCAUUCAGCAAUGGAGUGAUGUUUUCCAGGAGGAGAUAUUUGCCUAAUUCCUGGCAUGACACUCUGGUGACUUCCUAGUGAGGCCUCGCCUGUCCUGGUCCAGCUGGGCCCCACUGUAACUCAGACAUUCCAAGGGUAUGGGAAGCCAUAGUCGCGUUCUGGACGUUUAGACAAGCAGGGCCGUCCCCGUUCCCCCCCUUUGAGCUCAGCCUCCGCUAUCCCGGGUUCACACUCUUCUUGAGCAGACCGUGAUUUGGAACCAAGGCAACUGUUGGAAACCACGCUUCUCGAGACAACCUGGACGACGGUCCCUUCGAGUCAGCCUGCUGCCCUUCAGGUCCGGGGGCCUUGCUGACAGAGGCGUCUGCCCCGCCCUUGAACCCUGGGGACUGAUGGUGCUCACGACUCUUCCUGCGAGGGGAACUUAAAACCUCCACGUUAAGUGGCUUUUUUAACAAGAAAAAAAGGCAGCUGUAGCUCACGAGCUGCUCUUUUGCCAGCAUUUUCACAUUUUGCCUUUCACGUGUUAGAAGCUCGUGCAGAGAAAGUCUGUGGUGGGAACAUUUGAGGCAUCGCCCCGCAGAACCUUGGUGAGGUGUGAAGGCUGAGGUGCCAGGCUGUAAGCAGUUUUGAGUUGGGCUUGUUCGUCUGUUUUGUAAGUCCUGUAUGUGUAUGUAGUAGUUUGGGUGUGUAUAUAUAGUAGCAUUUCCAAAUGGAUGUACUGGUUUAACCUCCUAUCCUUGGAAGACAGAUGGCUCUCCAUCUUGUUACACGUAUGUUAGAGAAGUAGCGAGCUGCUCUGCUAUAUGCCUUAAACCAAUAUUUACUUGUCAGGUCAUUAUUUUUUACGAUGGCCAUAGAAUAAACCAUUUUUACAAAAAUAAAACAAACAAAAAAAAGUGAGGUGUUUUGGUAUAAUACCUUUCCAGGUGUGUGUGUCCGUGGAUGCAUGAUGGGGUGGGGGGGCGCAUCUCAGGGUCUUCUGUGACCUCACAGAACUGUCAAACUGUACAGUUUUCCAACUUGCCAUAUAAAUGAUGGGUUUGCAUUUUAGUUGCAACAAUAAAAGUUUUUUUUCCUAAAGAA